AUGCCUAGGAAAGAUCCUCAAGCCGGCAAAAAAACGGAGGAAAGUUUGGCUACUCACGGAGCUAACUUAGCUGGAGAUGCUACCAUCGGUCUCAGCACAGAACUCAUUGCUUUGCUCGACCAACACAGAGCGUCCAUAGCCGCCGAUUUCAAAGCUUCAUCAGAGGUAAUCAACAACAAGCUGGACAAGAUUCAAGCCGAGGUUGUGAAUCAGGAAGGUCGUAUUGGAGAUUUAGAAACUAAUGCGGAGGAAGUUAGCCAGCGCUUAGCAUCACUGGAAGCUACAUGCGUGUCAAUACAUGAAGAGAACAAACUUUUGAAAAACAAGCUUUCUGACUUAGAAGGAAGAAGCAGAAGACAGAAUGUCCGAAUGGUGGGCUUACCAGAAUCAUUGGAACUUGGUCCACGGCCUACAGAAUUCGUGUCUCAGCUGCUUGUGGAUGUCUUCGGAGCUCAGACCCUGUCAACUCUCCCGGAGCUGGACAGAGCCCACAGGAGCCUGCUGCCCAAGCCAGGUCUGAAUGAAAAGCCACGCACGAUCAUCAUACGCUUCCACCGCUUUCAGACCAAGGAUUUGGUUAUGAGAGAGGUACGGAGACGCCGUGGGACUCUGGAGUUCCGCGGACACAAGCUUCAGUUCUACGAAGAUUACACCGCUGAGGUCCAGAAACAGCGAGUCCAAUACAGAGACGCUAUGGCCGAACUAUUUAAUAGGGGUUUCCGUCCUUCGCUGCUUUUUCCAGCCAAGCUCCGGAUCACCCUUCCAGAUGGUAGAAAUCGGUGGCUGGGAUCGGUUUCUGAGGCCACCCGCUUCAUCCAAUCCACAAAGGAAGACGCGGGUCCCUCGCCCUGA